AUGCCUUCUCUUUUGAGUCUCGGAGUAACUGUCGCGCUUUCUGCGACUGGUCUUUUCGCACAUCCACUCUCCAAUGCGCAGCUCGUUUCGAGAGCGGAGGACCUUCUUCCAGAAUACGACUAUGUCAUCGUAGGCGCCGGCGCGUCGGGUCUUACCGUUGCCAAUCGACUUUCCGAGGAUAAGGAUGUGACAGUACUCGUGAUCGAGGCCGGCGAUCUCGACCAGAACGAGGACUACGUCACCAUUCCAGGUCUUGCAGGCGGUGCUGUAGGAACGAAGUAUGACUGGAACACUUCGUAUGCUCCGGACCAAGCACUAGACGGCCGCGUUGUCUCUAUUCCACAAGGCAAGGUCGUGGGCGGGUCAACAAAGUUGAACCGCAUGGUGUUCGAUCGUGGCUCACAAUCUGACUACGAUGGGUGGGAGACUCUGGGAAACGAAGGUUGGAACUUUGAGACCUUCCUGAAGUACUUCAAAAAGAACGAGAAAUUCACACCACCAACUGCUGAGAUCCAAGCCGAAUACGACAUUCAGGUCAACCCCGAAUACCAUGGCGACGAAGGAUACAUGGAAGUAACCUACUCUCCUUUCUUCUGGCCAACGACUAAAAACCUCGUACAAGCUACCAAGGAGCUGGGAAUCUCCAUCAAUGACCAGGCGACUGGGAAUGCCUUCGGCGGUUAUUUCUGCCCGCACAACAUGGUCCCGAUGAACUGGACACGCUCCUCCGCAGAAGAAGCUUACUAUGCAUCUGCCGAACCGCGCCCAAAUUAUCAUCUUCUCACUGGCCGUCUUGUGAUGCGCGUCCUUACGGAAAGCUGCAAUGAGACGAACACGGUCAAGGCUACUGGUGUUGAGUUCUCGACUUCUGCAGAUGCGGAGAGUCAACAGACCAAGGCCAAGCGAGAAGUCAUCCUCGCUGCUGGCUCGUUGCAUACACCCCAAUUGUUGCAGGUUUCUGGAAUUGGCGGAGCCUCUCUGCUCGAAUCCAUCAAUGUGACCACCGUCGUUGAUCUUCCGGCCGUCGGAUACAACCUGCACGACCAUCUUUCCGUCGCUGUGGUGAACGUCCUCAACACUAGCGUUCUAACGAACACCCUGGCAUCAAACACUACCUUCGCCGCUCAAGCUCGCGAGCAGUACGACAAUGAGAAGUCCGGCCCACUAACCUCCCCGACCGGUGACUUCCUUCUCUUCCUGCCACUUCAAACCUAUUCCAACGCCACGCAAUCUAUCUUGGCUCAAGCAGUCGCAGGUGGAUCAUCUGCCUCUCUCCCGGCUGAUACCCCCGCUGAAGUCGCACGAGGCUAUGAGGCACAGUUUGCUUCUCUCAACAAGAAGCUCCAAGCAAACGAUUCCGCGAUGAUGGAGAUCAUCUGGGCCGACGGCGUCGUGGUGCUCGGACUUCAGCAUCCGUACUCGCGUGGAAGCGUAAAGGCGAACUCAUCCAGCAUGUUCGAUCGCCCAGUCGCAGAUGUAGGGUUCCUCCGUAACGAAGUCGACACCGCACUCCUGCGCGAAGGUGUGCACUGGGCUCGCAAAUUCGUUGCCACGCCAUCUAUUGCAUCGCUCAAUCCGUUCGAGGCUGUUCCAGGCAACAAUGUCACCGCCUCUGCGGACAUCGAUGCUUUCAUUCACAGCACCGCAUCGACGCUAUACCACCCGGCGGGCAGCUGCAAGAUGGGUGCUAGAGAGGAUGGCGGUGUUGUAGAUCAAGAGCUGAAGGUCUACGGUGUGAACGGCCUGCGGGUCGUGGAUGCCAGUGUCAUGCCCAUUCUUCCGGCUUCUCACAUCAUGACCACUGUGUAUGCGACAGCGGAGAAGGCAGCAGAUAUUAUCAAAGAAGCUGCGAAGGGAAAGUAUUAA